UGUUAUGAGGCGGGGUAGACUUUGGAUGUCAACUUUAGACUAAUUUUAAUCACGUAGUGAUUUCAGAUGAAGAUUUUUAAUUCGUAUAAUAUUAAUGUGUACGUCAGAUUUUGUUUCAAGCUAUUAUGGUCGCGCUAUCGCCCGAAUUAAAUCAAAGCAAAUCGCACACUAAUAAUGGAAAGCAUCGAUGAGGAAAAUUCGUUUACCAUGCUUGAUUCGGGAUAGAAACUUAUAAUUUCAGAUUUUACAUCUGUUCGCAAUCCCUUUUCAGGGUACUUAUUUGUGAACCGUCUCACACAUUUUCAUUGUUCGUUAUGAUUGCGCCAUUAAAGGCUAUGAUUGAGUUUAAUAGAGUAAGGUGGAAGUUGCCAGGGAUACUCUUUAUAUAUAGGCGAAUGUAUAGAAAUAGUUUUCAAUUAGACAAACUGUAGCGUGUGAAGCAAGUAGGUUAGGUACGCAGAGAUUUGAAUUCCAGGUUCACUUGAGAAAGUCGUGAAAAUAAUCUGUCAGUUUUCAAUCUACAGAAAAAGCACAUUUGUUCAGGUAUAUAAGAAAAUAUUUUACAAUGUAUGUAGAGAUUCUGGAUUAGGAACUUUUGAUUUAGAGUUGAUACACAUAGCAAUCGCCGCAUUUGUAUUCUAAUUUUAAUACAAGAUGAUUUUGUUUCUGUCUAUUUACCUUUAAAAAGUGGUUAAUUUCAUUAUGUUGUCGUACAACAAAAAAGUGCGUUUGAAGCCUUUCGAGGACAUACAAAUGGCUGAUUUUAACGUUGAACCGGAUUUACCGCCUGUAAGAUUGCGCCAACGCGACAGAAUUAACCGGGUUUACCAAAGCCGGAGCAGAGCAGACAUAACAAGUGCUCUCGACUUUCGACCAAUGUCUCGCCCUGCUUUGAGUUCAAAUGAUCUUCGAAAGACUAAGUCGUAUUUUGAUUUGGAUACAACUCGUUCUAAUUUUGGAUCAAGAUCAAGUGUGAUUCCGCUGGAAAUACAACAUGAAAUUGCCGAAAGCUCGAGAGAACUCAUAGAAAGCUUACCCAGAAUGACGGCAGUGAAACCUCAAGAUAUAAAGGUGAGCUGACGGAAUUCUGUUUGCUCAUAUCUAACAUGUUUCAUAUGUAUACCACAUGUAACUAGUGUUCGUGCAAUUUUUCAGAAGGAUAAUCUUGUAUCAGUAGACAGUCCUGCUACCAAAUCUGGUGAUUGUUUGGUCGUGAUGCCUCAGAACACAGUACCAAUGGCCAAAUACAGAAAGAAAAUCUACGAAGGACUUCCAGAUAGCGACAACGAAGACGGUGUAUUAACCGAUGCACAACAAUGGAACAAAUCAAAGUUACUUGAAAACAAAGGAAAGGUACGGUCUAAUUUUCAUGCUGAUUCCGACCAGCCUGUUGUCAGGCGAAGACGGAAGUCUUUAUGGGCAACACCAGACGAGCUCAGUGAGGCACCGCCGAAAACAUUAGAGGAGGAGAUUUACAAGCCAACAUAUAUCGUCGGUGCAAACAUGUCCGAAGAAAACCUAUUUACGGCUUUGACCAAAGGCCAACCACGACGAAAGUCACUUGCCUUCAUCGGUAAUGUUGUUUCUAAAUUGACGAAAAGGAAAAACUCGGCUUACCAAGACGAAAGCGAUGAUGAGAACGCAAUCUCUGAGGCGGAUGGUGUUUCUGAGCCAACAUUGCCUCGCAAUCCGACCGUUGUUACUUUUGCGGAACCUGAUGCCGAUGAAUUCAAAUUUACGACAGUUGAGGACACUGGACGCCCAAGUCCCACCUUGUCUUACAGCAAUGUUGGAAUCAGUUUCUCCGCGUCUCUCAGUUCAGAUAAAUUAGUUUCAGCAAACUACGACAAUCUGGAAGAAGAUAGAGUUGUUCAUGCACCUAUUGCUCCACCGCCUCCUAUGGCAUUCAUGGAUACAAAUUCAAUGAUAUCUUUCAGUGAAUUAUUGGUUGCCCAAGCUGCUAGCGAUCAUCGUGAUCCAGAAAAUUUGCCAGACAUUCCACCACCUCUUGAUUAUGAUGUCACGUUAACUACAUUUCCGCUUGAUACCAUACCGGAAAUUGAUAACUUUUCUUCACUUUCUGAUGUUCCCGUAUUUAUUCGACCCCCAGAAAGUAUAUUUGAGAAGAAUGAUGAUUUAACCAGUGAAGACAACGGGUCAAAUGACGACAAACCAAGACGCGUACGUCGACGCACUUCAAGAAAGCAGCAUCGCGCGUUACGUGGGAACUCCAUGCGCAGUGAUGGUGACUAUUAUGACGACACAGAACGAGAAAAUCGUGUACGUCGCCGGAAGAGCACGAGGCGUCAUCACAGCAGUAGAAGUAUAGCCAGAAGUGAGGAAGAAAAUGACCACGGCGUUCGACGCAGGAGUACUCACCGAUCACGAAGACGCGAAAGUACGCGCGGUGAUAGGAUUGGGCACCGAGUUGGUGUCGAGCAGUUAGAUCGUACUAGAAGAUUGAAGAGCGACGAUGCGAUGGAAAAUCCACUGAACGCGUUUUCAAAACUAGCAUCCUACGUUGAAGCUGAAAUGAAAAAAGUCCUCACUUCUAACGAGCAUGAAUCGCCCGAUCAUGGCAAUUCCGAUAAGAACGAAAAUCCGGUGGAAUCUUUUGCCCAAAAACUUGUUGCACUUGUUGAAAAUCGCAACAAAUCAAAACCUGUCAACAGCGACCAUGAGAAUAAUUCACCUGGGACCGAUAAUUCCCGCCCUGCUGCUGAAGAUAACACGACAGAACCCGUUGUCACUUCAAACAGCAUCGAUAACAAAAAGGCAACAGUGAAUGAUCGAAAUAUUAAGGUAAAUAAACAACAUAUCAGCAGUGCAAAGUACUAUGUUGGUGAAACCGAAAUUCUCGUCAAUAAUUCUCAACACGAAACUGUGCCCACGCCCGUGUAUACCGAAAUAUUGUCCAGUCAGCGAAAUGCAACUUCAAAGCAUUCAGCUAGGGAUGUAUUGAGCCGCAUUUCAGAAGAUUUGCGAACAGAAAAAUCACGCUCUGAAGUCACCAACGAGGCAGUGAUAACACAAAAUUCGGAUAUAAUACCUGCUGAUAAUGAUCUAAACUAUACGAAUAAGUCAAUUGUGUCUUCUAACGAAAAUGGAUCCGAUCAAGCAAUAACCAAUAAAACUGUUAUUCGGUUACCAGGAAUCCAGUCCAAACCAGAUGAAACAGCGGAAGGGCUGGUAAAAAGAGUUGAAAGUUUUCUAAACGGAGCUUCCGAAGAGGGUGAGGCCCAAUUUCAACGAGUGCCUGGUAGACAGUGGGUUGUUGAAUGGGCACGCUGGGAAGGAGUAACACAGCAGAAUGGGACGAAAAUCAAAAGAAAAAAAAGCGAGAAGGUUGCUCGAAAAAGUAGCGUUAAAAGUACCGCAUCUACCUCAAGUAUAGGUUCAUUUUUUGGAAGAUUUUUCUCUCGCUUCAAACCAAGAGAAGAAGUCCCAAUUAAGAAAGAAAUGGAAGUAAUUGCCUGUGUCUACAUGGUAAAUACAUCUCAAAGUGGUCCUGUGGGUGAUGAGAUACAAAAUGACAUAAAUGAUUUGCCUGGUAUGAGUAAUUUUGUGUCAAGAAACGACAACAGGGGUAUUGUAAGUUCGUCGAAUCACCCUCUAGUAAUACAAACAGCCGGGAAAGAUUCGCCCACCGACCUUCGUCAAAAACUGUCCGGUAAAAAUGGCAGGAACUUUUACGAAAGCGAAUCCGAAUUCAGUACCGGAUUUGUUGCUCAUAACAUUGGCAAACCCGGUUUGAACAAAGCCUAUCUUUAUCAAGGAACAAGCAAAGACUCCGGAAUGUAUGACGGUCCGAGUUCUGACUCACUAGACGAAAAUAAAAUUAUAAAUCGACGGAGGAGACCAUCAUGGGCUAAUUAAAUAAAAUAAAAUAAAUUUUCAUUCAAGUGAUGUGCGAUUUUUGCGGUACUUAUAAAAUCACUUCAGUCUCAUUUUUAAUUUAAGCUACACCGAACCUCUGGGAUUCUAAUAAUCCCAUAAAAUUUUCCUUUUGCCCAUUAGUGGACUUACAAAAAAGCGUACCUUCCUAUAAACUAGCAAACAACGCUAGAAAUUAACACAAUAAUUCCGUUUUUGAAACCUUUGUUUCAACGAUUAUUUUGCCAAAAUCACGAUACAUCUUACUUUUAAAUAUUUUACCCUGUCAAAAUCAACGGGAUGAGAUUUUAAAUUUUAAAAUGUAUCCUAUUUAAUUGAUUGAUUUGUUAAUACAUUGAGAUCUUCUUCUUAAUAUGUUGAAUCGAAUAUGCUACAACCUCGAUGAAGAUGAAAAAGUUUGGAAGAACGAUAGGUUAAUCAAGAUCUUGUAAUCGUCCGACUUAUUUGUUGCACUAUCAUUUUUAUUUUUUUUUUAUUUGUAGUUGUCAAUAGGAAUUUUACUUUUUUUGAUUGCUUGAACUUAUAUUUAAUGAAAUUAAAAUUCCGAUUUUGUGGUUUCUCACGACAUGUUUAUAAAGGUUCAUUCAGGUGCAGCAUGUAUCACAAAUGAGAAGUUCGUAUCCAAGCAGCCGUUAGUUUGAUUUGCGUUGUCACGAGAGAUAUUUCUAAACUGUUGGAUAUAUAAAAUAGCCCUAUCGUGGAGUUUCUAGAUAAGCUUGACGGUAUUUGUUCCAAUGGUAAAUAUUGUCAUUAAAACAUGAUGUUUUAUCGACCGUGCUUGAUCGCGAUCUGGCUCACAGAUAAUGGUAAUCAAAUUACUACAUAUUUUGCUUCUGACUUAUCAAAAAUUCU